AUGAAGACCCUCAUCGCCGCCUACUCCGGGGUCCUGCGAGGCACCGGCUCCAGCAUCCUCUCUGCCCUCCAGGAUCUCUUCUCUGUUAGCUGGCUCAAUAGGUCCAAAGUGGAAAAGCAGCUGCAGGUCAUCUCGGUGCUACAAUGGGUCCUGUCCUUCCUCGUGCUGGGAGUGGCCUGCAGCGUCAUCCUCAUGUACAUCUUCUGCACCGACUGCUGGCUCAUCGCCGUGCUCUACUUCACCUGGCUGGUGUUUGACUGGAACACGCCCAAGAAAGGUGGCCGGAGGUCACAGUGGGUCCGAAAUUGGGCUGUGUGGCGCUACUUUCGAGACUACUUCCCCAUACAGCUGGUGAAGACCCACAACCUGCUGACCACCAGGAACUACAUCUUCGGAUACCAUCCCCAUGGCAUCAUGGGUCUGGGUGCCUUCUGCAACUUCAGCACAGAGGCCACGGAAGUGAGCAAGAAGUUCCCCGGCAUAAGGCCCUACCUGGCCACGCUGGCUGGCAACUUCCGGAUGCCAGUGCUGAGGGAGUACCUGAUGUCCGGAGGCAUCUGCCCUGUGAACCGGGACACCAUAGACUACUUGCUUUCAAAGAACGGGACCGGCAAUGCCAUCAUCAUCGUAGUGGGGGGCGCAGCCGAGUCCCUGAGCUCCAGGCCCGGCAAGAAUGCGGUCACCCUGCGCAGCCGCAAAGGCUUUGUGAAACUGGCCCUGCGGCAUGGAGCCGACCUGGUUCCCACCUACUCCUUCGGAGAGAAUGAGGUCUACAAGCAAGUGAUCUUCGAGGAGGGCUCCUGGGGCCGGUGGGUCCAGAAGAAGUUCCAGAAGUACAUUGGCUUCGCCCCGUGCAUUUUCCACGGCCGAGGCCUCUUCUCCUCCGACACCUGGGGGCUGGUGCCCUACUCCAAACCCAUCACUACUGUCGUGGGCGAGCCCAUCACCAUUCCCAAGCUGGAGCACCCGACCCAGCAGGACAUCGACCUGUACCACGCCAUGUACAUGGAGGCCCUGGUGAAGCUCUUCGACAAGCACAAGACCAGCUUCGGCCUCCCGGAGACCGAGGUCCUGGAGGUGAACUGA